UGACAUCGUUUUCACGCAUGCGCGCACAGUUUGGGAACAGCAUGGAUCCUGAAAUUAUACCAACGAGCGGAAGUCAUGAUGGGCCAUGUACAAGUAAUGUCCAAGACACAACUCACAGUGACGUUCCAGAUGCCACCACAGAUGGAGGAUCUCCAAGUAGAUGUUUGGUACCAGAUAUGAACAAAGACGUUCCUCGAUAUCCACUUCGUAAAUUACGUUGGAGAAAGACAAGAAAACAGGGAGAAUCGACAGACAGAGCCACUGCAGAUUCCACCUCAGGUACAGAACUAGAUCUCACAACCAAGAGAACUGUAGAUGAACAGAAAGAUGAAGUCACCAAGCGCAAAAGCACUCUAAGAGCACGUAAAACCGCAGAGGAAUCCAAGUAUAAAUCCCAGAAAGGCGGCACAGAUUCUUUGGAGAUAUCCAAGUUCACAAUUCAUUUUACACCAUACAAAGUACAGAAGACUUAUAUUUGCACUGAAUGUGGUAGAAGCUGUAUAUCAAGUUCACAUCUUAUCAUACACCAGAGAUCCCACACUGGUGAGAGGCCCUUCUCGUGCGCCAACUGUGGGAAAAGUUUUGCAAGGAGGUCAUCCCUUGUAAUACAUGAGAGGAUCCACACGGGUGAGAGGCCUUACAUGUGUACGCAUUGUGGCAAGAGCUUUACAAGCAGCGCCACUCUCUCUACCCACAUACGGAUUCACACAGGAGAGCGGCCAUACAUUUGCUGGGAAUGUGGAAAGAGCUUCACCAGUAACUCCUCUCUGUUUAUACACAACAGGACGCACACAGGGGAGAGACCUUAUAUCUGUGUGGAAUGCGGGAAAACGUUCUCUUGCACGUCGGCUCUUGUGAUCCACAAACGAUCUCACACUGGAGAGAAACCGUUUACAUGCGACGAAUGUGGCAAGAGUUUUGCCGACAACUCAAGGCUGGUCAAGCACAAGGCAGCUCACACCGGAGAUUGGGCCUAUGUAUGCACUGUAUGUGGAAAAGGAUUUACGUGCUAUUCAAACCUUAAUGUGCACCAGAGGUCCCACACUGGUGAAAGGCCAUAUGCAUGCAACAAGUGCGAUAAGAGGUUUGCUCUUAAUAGAGAUCUUGUAAGACAUCAGACGACACACACCGGGGAAAGACCCUUUUCAUGCUCUGAAUGUGGCAAGAGUUUUACCCGUAAGGCCCACCUUACUACCCACGUGAAAAUCCACUCGCGGGUAAAGACGGUAAAGAUAGGCUCUGAAUAAAAAUAGUGUAUGAGAGACGGUUCAUUUUAAGACCUAUAUAAACUAUAUGGAAGUAGUCGUCUUAUCAUUUCACCCCAUCAAGAAGGGUACCUGUUGGCUACAGCAGUGCUGGAUUUAUUCCUAAG